AUGGCAACUCUUACUGCUGUUGGUGCAUGUAGAUCUGGUUUCAGUUUGCUCUUAAGUUCACGUCUGUUCAAAACCUUUAUACGACCAAAAUUCGAGUAUGGUCUUGCAAUCACAUGUCUUUUGCAAAAAGAUGUUUUACUUCUAGAGAAAAUUCAAGAUAAAUGCUUGCGAAUGAUUGUUGGUGGCCAUGCAACUUCAUCUACUGCAGUCUUGAAACAUAUCUGCAACCUGCCCAGUAUGGCUUUUCGCGUUGACAUUCUCAAAACAAAAUUUUGUCUUCGGGCACACACUCUUCCUUCUGGUUGUCUUCUCUCUCUGCUCCAUUCUCAUCAUCUCCAAGCAUCAACACUAUCCACUCUUCACACAAACCCUCUUUUUGCCAGCAUUCCCCCUGAUCUUAAUUGCUCCAGCCGCAUAAAACUAUCCAAGCACUUUGAGUCUUUUAGACAAGAAAAGUUUGCUCACUUUCAUCUCACCAACACUAAGAUUCUCAUCCAAGCUUGCCGCCCUCUUCUUGAAGUUGAUCCUGUAUUGUUUCUUUCUGCUACACACAUAGAACGUGGCCGUCUAGUACGUUGGAGAAUGGGCUGGUUGCCUGACGCCAUCUCCAAUUCUGCAUCACAAUCCCAUCUCAGCUGUUCUCUCAACUUCCAGCACCACCCACAGAUGAAGACAACAUCAUUGACUUUGCUAUAUCAGCACUACCAAUCUCGUCUACACAUCCAAGCCCUCUAUAUUGGAAAGCUCUUCUUACAAUACUAUGGCAUAUUGACAUGCUAUGCAAUCCUAAUGGCAACUACACACAUGAAACCGAUCAUGUGUAUCCAUCCAUCAACAUCUUUACGCAAAACGAUCCAUCCAUCACGAAAAACGUACCUCCCAUUGCCAAAAGUAGUGCAGUCCUUGUCCUUGGUAUCCCAGCUGUCAGCAAAAAAAAUUUCAGCUCAAUCAGACAACAUCACGCCAUCUGCAUUCUCAAUCCCAAUGGCCAAUUUGCAAAUCGGCAACAUUCAGGGAUUGCCAACCGAGCUUACCUCAUUCCUGACAACAUUGCAGGCACAAAUCAUGAAUGUGCAAAACAGAACCGACCAGUUGGAGCGACUUGCAGCAGAGAAUGCAAGACUAACUACUGAAUUAGAGCAUGCUAGAACAACAAUUGCUAAUCUGCAGAAGCAAUUAGGAUCUCAGAGUGCACCUGAAAAAAACUUUUCAGAAAUUUCACUUUCGAACCCAGCCGGCGCAGUAGGUGCUCCUGACAAAAACAAAGAACCAGGUCUGGAAGCCUCCACUUGGGCUAGUAAAGCCAGUGUUUCUCUUCCUGUAACUGCCCCAAAAAUGUCUACUGUUCCCUCUGCUCGCCGUAUUGCAGCUUCUGUUCGUAUGUUUGCUCUUCCCUCUGGUCCUUCAGGUUAUGAAUAUGUUUAUAUUCCAAGAUCAAGACGCCUUAAGCACAAAGAAGUCCGUUCCUCUCUCCGCACUCUUGGUGUGGAUUCUUCUCGACUUUUGGACAUUAACUUCCCAGCCAGAGGUGUCAUUGGCAUCCUUGUUCAUGUCCAGUAUGCUGAUACAUUUAAGGCCAAACUGACAACUGCUUCUGUUGAGAUUUUGGACGCAUUUGAUCCACUUGAUCCUGAUAAUGUUGCUGAUCCCAAGUAUGCAUCUCUGUCCACUCAUGAACUUGCCAACACUGCUGCCAUGCUUCACCAUGAUAGAUGUCUCCAAGCCCUACAGUUCUUGCGCCCACACGUUGCUAUCCCAGUUGGUCACUUCUUUUGUGAGGAAGGGUGGAUCAGUGAAGAUGAAAUACCAACACGUACUACUCUUACCAAUGCUACUGGCGGGUCUUUGUUCAAACGUCAGCGCAGCUCAUCAGUCACUAUGUCUGAAUGA